CAAGCAAGAAGCAAAGAGUGCAACACCAAAGUGAGCAAAAAAAGAGGGCUCCGGGAAAAGAAAAGAAAAAAGGGGGUGAGAGCUAGGCAUUAAAAGCUUAGGUGUAAGAGUGCUCCAUAGAGAGAGUACAUUGAGUGAUAAAAUUGAAUUAUUUAUUCCGCGCGCCAAUUUUUUCCUAACAACUGGUAUCAAAGCCAGGCGUUGCUAAUAUUCACGUGAACAAUGGAGGUGAACCAGAGCAAAAUGAUCACGCUGAAUAGUUCAAACUAUCAGCUGUGGAAGGGGAAAAUGGAAGACCUUCUUUAUGUGAAGGAAUUUCAUGAGCCUGUCUUUUCAGAGCAAAAGCCAGACAGCAUGAAGGAUGAAGAAUGGAGACUACUCCAUAGGCGAGUGUGUGGAUUUAUCAGGCAAUGGAUUGAUGAUAGUGUGCUGAAUCAUAUCAAUGAUGAAACUAAUGCACGCACACUAUGGACAAAGCUAGACCAGCUUUUCCGGGCAAAGACUGGGCAGAAUAAAUUGUGCCAUAUAAAGCAAUUAAUGUACUCAAGGUACAAAGAUGGCACUCCCACAGCAGACCAUGUUAAUAAUUUCCUUGGCAUCAUCAAGGAGUUAGCCAAUCUCGGCAUAGAAUUUGAUGAUGAGGUGAAUGGUCUGAUUCUUCUCAAUACCUUGCCGGAAUCAUGGGAGAGUUUUAGAUCAACGACAAUCAACUCAUCUCCUGGUGGUCAAGUCACACUCGAAAUUGCCAAAAACAGGAUCUUUGAAGAGGAAAAGAGGAUGCGGGCACUAGGAGUCUUCUCGCAACCAGAUACUCAAGCUCUUGUCAUGGAGAAUAGAGGCAGGAGUAAAACCAGAGAACCCAGAGGACGAGGAGGCAGAUCCAGAUCAAAGUCCAAAAGUGGAGUGAAAUGCUAUCAUUGUGGCCAACUAGGCCACAUGAAAAGGAAUUGCUACUUGUUGAAAGGAAAAGACAAGAAAAAGGCUGAAGAUGGCAAUACAAUCGCUGUAGCAUCUACCAGUGGCGGUGACGUGACUCUACUAUGUGAUCGUGGGGAAUGCUGCCAUGUAGAAAACUCAGAUGCUGAGUGGAUAAUUGAUUCUAGUGCCUCUUAUCAUUGUGUUCCCAAAAGGGAAUAUUUUUCAACAUACAAAGCAGGAGACUUUGGCACCAUAAAAAUGGGAAACAAGAGUGUUUCUCAUAUUAUGGGAGUUGGUGAUAUCUGUGUCCAGACAAAUGUUGGAUGCACAUUAACAUUGAAAAAUGUGCGACAUGUUCCCGAUAUGCAUAUGAAUCUGUUGUCUGCAAAAGCACUGGAUGAAGAAGGAUACGCACACUACUUCGGGAAUGGCAACUGGAAACUCACCAAAGGAUCAAUGGUGGUGGCAAAAGGGAGAGCAUGUUGCUCAUUAUACAAGACACACAUGAAAAUGUGUGGAGGUGGACAUGUGAAUCCUUGUGAUGUUUGCCGAUUUGGAAAGCAACACCGAGUUUCUUUUCAAAAGAAUUUGACUUGGAAGGAGAACAAGCUAGACUUGGUCUACUCUGACGUUUGUGGUCCCCUAGAGGUAGAGUCGUUUGAUGGCAAUAAAUAUUUUGUUACCUUUAUUGAUGAUGCAACUCGGAAGACUUGGGUAUACUUGUUGCAGAAUAAAAGCCAAGUUUUCAAGUAUUUCCAACAUUACCAUGCUAUGGUGGAAAGGGAGACAGGGUUGAAGUUGAAAUGUCUUCGUACAGAUAAUGGAGGGGAGUACACCUCCAAAGAAUUCAGAGACUACUGUUUGAAGCAUGGCAUAAGGCAUGAAAAGACGGUUCCUGGCACUCCACAACACAACGGUGUUGUAGAACGGAUGAACCGUACCAUUGUGGAGAAAGUUCGAUGCAUGCUAAGAAUGGCAACUCUACCUAAGCCAUUCUGGGGUGAAGCAGUCAACACAGUAGUUUAUUUGAUCAACCGGUCACCUUCAGUUCCUUUGAAUUUUGAAAUCCCGGAGAAAGCUUGGACGGGAAAGGACGUUGGAUACUCUCACUUGAGAGUGUUCGGAUGCAAAGCAUUUAUGCACGUGCCAAAGGAACAGAGAUCAAAUCUGGAUGAUAAAGCCAUUCCAUGCAUUUUUGUUGGAUAUGGUGAUGAGGAGUUUGGCUAUAGACUAUGGGACCCAAAAAAGAAGAAAACCGUUAGAAGUAGAGAUGUCGUGUUUCAUGAACACGAGAAAAUUAAUGAUUUGAAGGAGGAAAAAGCUACAAGAAGCUCUGGAGAGGGUGUAGAAGAUCUAACACCGGCAAAAACUCCUUCAAGAAAAAUUUCAGAUGAAGAAGAGGUGCAAGCACCAGAAGAUGAGACAGAGGAGCCAACAAUUGAAGAAGAUGAAGCAAGUAUAGAUGGGGGAAAUGAUGAGCAGGAGGAGCAACCCCUGCCACAGGAGGAAGAACCUCAGUUGAGAAGGUCCACCAGAGAGCAGAAACCAUCUGCAAGAUACCCCAGUUCUGAUUACAUCUUGAUCACUGAAGAGGGGGAGCUGGAGAACUUCCAGGAGGUGCAGUCUCACCAAGACAAAGACUGCUGGAUGAAAGCCAUGAGAGAAGAAAUGAACUCCCUGCACAAGAACAAUACUUAUGAGCUUGUGGAACUUCCCAAAGGAAGAAAAACCCUGAAAAACAAGUGGGUAUUCAAGCUCAAGAAAGAUGGUGACAAGAUAGUCAGAUAUAAGGCUCGAUUGGUGGUAAAGGGCUUCAAUCAGAAAAAGGGGAUUGAUUUUGAUGAAAUAUUUUCCCCAGUGAUAAAGAUGAGCUUGAUUCGCGUUGUGCUUGGUCUAGUAGCAAGCAUGAAUCUUGAGCUUGAGCAGUUAGAUGUGAAAACUGCAUUUCUUCAUGGUGACUUGCAUGAGGAAAUUUAUAUGGAUCAGCCAGAAG